GGCGGCUGCUAAACCGGAAAGGGAAGACCUGGGCCUGGAGAGCCGGCGAAACAGCAUUUUACUGUGUUUCUCCGGUCGAUACGUUUUACGGUGUUUCUCGGGCCGCUGGAAGCCGGGCCAGGUGGGCGGGGCCUGCGGUGCCGUGAUGCCGGAACUGGCGGUGCAGAAGGUGGUGGUCCACCCCCUCGUUCUGCUCAGUGUGGUCGAUCACUUUAACCGCAUCGGCAAAGUUGGAAACCAGAAGCGCGUUGUUGGUGUGCUUUUGGGGUCCUGGCAAAAGAAGGUGCUUGAUGUAUCCAACAGUUUUGCAGUCCCUUUUGAUGAAGAUGACAAAGAUGACUCUGUCUGGUUCUUAGACCAUGAUUAUUUGGAAAACAUGUAUGGAAUGUUUAAGAAAGUCAACGCCAGAGAAAGAAUAGUUGGGUGGUACCACACAGGCCCUAAACUACACAAGAAUGACAUUGCCAUCAACGAACUCAUGAAAAGAUACUGCCCCAACUCAGUAUUGGUCAUCAUUGACGUGAAGCCAAAGGACCUGGGGCUGCCCACAGAAGCGUACAUCUCCGUGGAGGAAGUUCAUGAUGAUGGGACUCCCACCUCGAAGACGUUUGAACACGUGACCAGUGAGAUCGGAGCAGAGGAGGCCGAGGAGGUUGGAGUGGAGCACUUGCUACGAGACAUCAAAGACACUACAGUGGGCACUCUCUCCCAGCGGAUCACAAACCAGGUCCACGGUCUGAAGGGACUGAACUCCAAGCUGCUGGAUAUCCGGAGCUACCUGGAAAAAGUAGCCACAGGCAAGCUGCCCAUCAACCACCAGAUCAUCUACCAGCUGCAGGACGUCUUCAACCUGCUGCCCGACGUCAGCCUGCAGGAGUUCGUCAAGGCCUUUUACCUGAAGACCAACGACCAGAUGGUGGUGGUCUACUUGGCCUCGCUGAUCCGCUCCGUGGUCGCCCUGCACAACCUCAUCAACAACAAGAUCGCCAACCGGGAUGCGGAGAAGAAGGAGGGGCAGGAGAAAGAAGAGAGCAAAAAGGAUAGAAAAGAUGACAAAGAGAAGGAGAAAGAGAAGGAAAAGAGCGAUGUGAAGAAAGAAGAGAAAAAGGAGAAAAAGUAAAACGCGUGGAUUCUUUAGCCAGGCGUGGCGGUGCACGCCUGCCGUCCCGGCUCUCGGGCGGCUGAGGCUCUUGGGAAGGAUGACAAGCUGGAGGGGCCGGCCCGGGCUCUCCAGGGAGCUCCGGGCCGCCUGCACUACAAAGUGAGACCGACAAAAAAAAAUGUACCCUUUUAAACUUGUAAAUUAAAAUCUCACAACUUAA